UGAUUUAAUAGAUGGUGCUGGCAUGCCAUGCGUUAGUAGUUUCUUUGGGUUGCCAGCAAUAGCGUUACACGUCAAGACUGAAUUUAGACGUAGACGUACAUCUAGGUAAUGCACUAUGGCGUUAUAUUUAAAAGCGGCUGAGAUACUGGACAAAGUGGAGCGCAAGGAGGGAGCUGUUAAGACAUUGGUGUACGACAGUAAAUUUCAGAACAUCAAGCAGCUCUUUGCCUUGGUCUGUGAGGCGCAGAAAUUCUCCGCCGUGCUUCAAGACAUCAUCACGGCGACCAAACUGCUCAAGGACACCAAACUCAGAAUGAACUUGGCGAAAGUUCUGGUGUACGACCUGCUGAUUGGGCAGGGACUGAAGUGCGGCGGGAGCUGGAAAGCGAUGAUGACGAAGCAUCGCUCGCGGCUGCAGUCCGAACUAGCCCGCAUGAAGAUCAAGAAAAAGGUCAGCCGCAACCAGGACCUGCUGUCCACGAGCAGCGGCCAGAUCGAGGGCAAUCAGUUGCCACGAUACGUGCGCGUGAACACACUGAAGACCACUGUGGAAGAUGUCAUCGACUAUCUGAAGAGAGAAGGAUUCAACUAUCAUGGGCAGGCUGGCAGGAUGGAAGAUCUGCGGACCUUGUCUGGGAAAACGUUCAUCUUGGACCUGCACCUCCCCGAUCUCCUUGUGUUCCCUCCCAAAACGGACUUCCACGAUCACUUCCUGUACCAAGCCGGACACAUCAUCCUGCAAGACAAGGCCAGCUGUCUCCCUGCGUACCUCCUGAACCCCCCUGCAGGGGCACAGGUUUUGGACGCCUGCGCCGCCCCCGGCAACAAGACCAGCCACCUGGCCGCCAUCAUGCGCAACAAGGGGAAGCUGUUUGCGUUUGACCUGGAUGCGAAACGCCUGUCCACCAUGAGCACUCUUCUGCUGCGGGCCGGUGUCACAUGUCAGCAGCUGGCCAAUCAGGACUUCCUGAAGGUGGACCCAGAGAGCCCAGAGUACAGCAGGGUGGAGUACAUCCUGCUGGACCCGUCCUGCAGUGGCUCAGGGAUGGUGUGUCUGCGGGACGGCUGCUCGGAGCCCCAGGAGGGGGCGGGGCGUCUGCAGGCCCUGGCCGCGUUCCAGCUGCGCUGCCUAAACCACGCCCUCCGCUUCCCCUCCCUCCGCCGCCUGGCCUACUCCACCUGCUCCAUACACACGCAGGAGAACGAGGAGGUGGUGUCUGCCUGCCUGCAGCACAACCGGGGCUACAGGCUGGUUCCCCUCCUGCCAGGCUGGCCCGAGCGGGGGCUGCCCCCCCUGCCCCAGUGCCUGCGGGCCAGCCCGGGCACCACUCUCACCCACGGCUUCUUCGUGGCCGUCCUGGAGCGCCGUCCCGAGGGGGAGGAGGAAGAGGAGGAGGAAGAGGAGAAGGUUCCGGAAACGCCUUUGCUAAUCAGCCCUCCAAUCAGUGCCAAACCCCAAGUCACCGGUGACAACGAGGUACGGGACCCCGGCGCCAUGGAGACGCAGCCAGAGAACCUGACGACCAAGAGGAAGAGGAAGAACAAAAAAAAGAAAAACAGAACCCAAAGCUGAGGACAACAUGGCUGAUCUUCCCAAGCAAUCCAAGCAGAGCAGGCCAGGAGGUGUAAUGGUGACGUUUUUAUUGAAACCCAUUUAAACUCCAGACACUGGUGUGAACAGAGGGAGGAGAGCACGCGUUACAUUACACACUGCUCCAGUCCGGACACUCACACUUUCCCAGAGUCCAGCAGGGGAACGAUCAGCCGUGGAAACGCACCAGCGUAGACACACACGCACACGCACACACAGAUCAGUCAUCUCGGACUUCACCACAUCCCUAGUCAAAAGAGUUAAAACGGCAUUCAGUGGGUCUGUAUUUCUGUAAAAAUUUAAAAACAAUCGGAGUUGCUUCAUUCAUUUUAAGUGACACAGAACAGAAGUCUGGUCCCUAAAUCAGUCUGUUUUCUCUCUCACUGUCACACACUCUCACACACCAGUCAAUACUUCCAACACUCUUGUACUCAUUUAUAAACAGCCUUCCACAGUCAAACUGUUUGUUUUUCUCCCACAAGGGACUCUGGUGGAGUAGAGGCCUUUGUGAUCUACCAUCCAAAGUUCCAAAACCAUGAAAAGCAGAAGCAGUUUGGCAUGAGCACCCCAGAGACAUCAGUAUGGGGAAAAACAGAGCAUACAUCAACUACAAAAGCAUCCAAUUUUCAUACUUAAAUACAUUUGAAAUUUCCUGUCUGUAAUGGCUCGUUUGAGGGGAAAUAAAUGUGAUGAUCAAGCUACAGAUGUCAUGUGGCAUUUUGGCUCCUGCCGUCCAUCCCCAGCCAACGCCUCCCUCACUGAGAAAUCCGCAACCCUGUGCGCCAGGACAACGCGAUUUGGGGAAUCCUGGGAAUUUCCACUGGAUAUACUGUAAUAAAAACCACAAAGCUAAUUAAAGAGGUUGGGCUCAUUUCUCCA